GCGAUUGGGUUCAUUCUAGGCAAUCGAAUUCUUCAGGCAGCUAAGCUUAAAAUAAAGUCUUGGUAUAGGCAAAAAUAGGGGGCGGUGUGCUGACUCAUCACUGACUGCAGUCCCCUGUAUCAGCCCUACAUAUAGUUUAGCCAGCUAUAUUUUCAGUAUACCCUUCACCUAUAAGGCUAUAAAUUUAUCUUUAUAAUCCCCCAUCAAUCCCACUUCCCUGUGUCAAUUCCCCUAUUUCUAGUUCCAAUCCGUCCAUCAUGUCCCUCCAAAAUACCACAAUAUACCUCCUAGACCUCCCCGCCGAAAUCCUCCACAUAAUCCUAUUCUACUCCACCUUAACCCGGGGCGUAAAACGAGCGCUACGCCUCCGCCUCGUAUGCCGCGUCUUCGCGCGCAUGACGCACGCAGCGCUAUUUGAAACGGAAUUAAUGGACAAGCCCGUGUUCCCUCCAAUCGGAACAAAUGAAUGGAAUCUACAGACGCAGCACGGCGGAUUCGAGUUAUGGCGGGGGUAUCUAGUAUACCGAUGCCUUCGCGAAAAGGACAGACAUGUCGGGCGUUUCGUAGAUAUACGUACGACAGCCGAAUUCAUAAGCGGUGAAUCCGGUCUGGACUUCCAAUACGUGCUUAAGGAACUAUGCGGACUCGCAUUAAGUCAUAACCGACAUAUCAUCAAACAUCGAAAGCGUAAGCUAUGGGGACCUUUGGUUGCUGCUAAGGAAAAAGCACAUGCCUGCCGAGAUCUAUAUAUUCUCACCGCAGCUACUCAUUUCAAUAUCCCAGCCUUAGUACAGAGGUCCUUAGCAGAGUUAGUCCGAGUCCACCAUGAUCCAACACAUCACACCUACCUAUUUGCAUCGCCGAUGCAAGUCGCCGCGCAGGCCGGCAAUACUGCCAUGCUUCAACUCUUCCAAAGAUCUGUCUUUGAGCCGUACUUCGACGUUUGGUCUGUCCAGGGCGCUGCGAUGCGAGGCGACAUGGAUAUCCUCAAGGCAGCAUUGCAGAUCGAUAACGACAACACCAUACAAGGGGAAACUUUCGGAAGCAUAGACCACAGCUCAGGAAUGGGCUACGGAAUCCGAAUGGCUAGGCGGUUUACAACAAACCCCGAGGUCUACGAAUACCUCACUAGUGCGCUAGCUCCAUGGGAGGAAGACACAGAGACGAGAUACGGCCCGUGGAGAGAAUCCCUUGAGUCCUCUUACGGCGACUUGAUCCACCAUUCAGGCCUUGGAAAUAUGGCCAUGGUGAAAUACUUCCUCGGCCGUGGCGUGCCGGUUCAGAAACAUACCCGGCAAACCGAGACCCCGCUAAUCGCAGCGUGCCAAGGUUUGCACCAUGAUAUCGUCGAUGCGCUCCUCUCACACGGGGCCGAUCCCAACUUCGCUGCUAAUAAGACUAUCCCACACUACGCACUCCAUGAAUCCGCAACAAUGAGUAGUCUGACGCUAGCACGCAAGCUUCUUGAUCACGGCGCUCUUCCUGACCCCCCAGCAAACUCUCAAGUUAAAUACCCUGCCCUAUUCUGGGCGUUCGCGCGGGAAAACGAACCCAUGAUUCGUUUACUGUUAUCGCGUGGAGCAACUCUUAGCGUGAGUUCCAGAAUUGAAGAUGGCAGCCGUCUAGGCCCUUGGCGAGGGAAUCUUGGGCAACACCUCGCGGAGAUCGCUCGUCAUCUCGGGAGUACUUGGAUAACGGACCUGUUGUGCGAACAUGGCGUGGUGUACGUCGAGCCGAGUCCAUUUCCGCCUCCAGAAGGGCCCAGUCCGUGGGCUGGCUGGGCAGAGGCAAGGGCUAUAAUCGCCGAUAAGAUGUCUUGUAAUUAAAUUGUGAGAUUCGCGUUCGUUUGGUAUUGAAGUACAAAGCUGACAAAAAUAUUAUGGAAUAAGGAUGAAAUAUACCCCAAAAUAUCAUUCCCCUCGCAUAUAUAAUCCGCUUCACCCCUUGAAAACAUAAAUAUUCCCAUAAUUGCG